UUAAAGAACGUUCUUUAGAGUUACAAUAAAUUCUGUGAAUUUGAACAGCUGACGAACGUUCUUCAGCUUUUCAAAUGAACAGCUGAUGAACGUUCUUCAGCUUUCCCAGCUCGUUGCGUAACACUCGGUCCUCACAGCGGCGGUAAGCCGCAGCGGUCGGACCGGGGUUCAGAACAGGCUGCACGGACUAAACUUUCUCCCGACACCAGUUCGUUCCGGACCGGUUCGACCAUGAGGUGGAGCGUCAGGCUCUCAGGUUCCAGGCUCUGAUUGGUCGGCUGGCAGUCAUCAUGCAGCUGGCCAAUGAGAAGCUGCCAGCUCAGCUGAGGCGGAGCUCCAGAUUCAGGAAGAUGGCCGCCAUCCUGAUCGCCGCCUAUGCUGUCAAAAAGCUGAGUCCAUACGUGUGGAGGAGGCUACAGAGAGGGGCAGCAGGUGAUCAGGGAGGCGGGGCUAAAACACCUGUGGGCAUGCUCAGCACUGUGGAGGGCGGUGAAGAUGAGAAGAAGAAGAAUAAGAAAGUGGACAGGUCUCCAUCAGUCAACAGAGACUUCGUCCUCAGACUGUCUCACCUGCUGAAGCUCCUGUUUCCACGGUUAUUGUGUCCAGAGUUCGGCCUGCUCGCUCUGCACUCUGUCACCCUGAUGUCCCGCACCUUCCUGUCCAUCUACGUGGCUUCUCUAGACGGUAUGAUCGUCAGGUGCAUCGUGCAGAAAGAUCCACGCGCCUUCGUGCUGCAGCUGUCCAAGUGGCUCCUUGUCGCAGUUCCUGCGACGUUCAUCAACAGCACCAUCAGAUUCCUGGAGGGUCAGCUGACCCUCAGCUUCAGGAGCCGAUUGGUCAGCCACGCCUACCAGCUGUACUUUACCAACCAGACGUAUUACCGCAUCAGCAACAUGGACGGCCGUCUGUCCAACCCAGACCAGUCUCUGACCGAGGACAUCGUCAUGUUCUCUGCCUCCGUCGCUCACCUGUACUCCAACCUGACCAAGCCCAUUCUGGACGUGGUGGUCACCUGCUACACGCUGCUGCGCACCGCCCAGUCCAAAGGGGCCAACACCACAUGGCCCUCCGCCAUCGCCGGCCUGGUGGUGGCGCUCACCGCCAAGGUGCUGCGCUCCUGUUCGCCGCACUUUGGGAAGCUGGUGGCCGAGGAGGCGAAGAGGAAGGGAGACCUGCGCUACAUGCACUCACGCAUCAUCGCCAACUCUGAGGAGAUCGCUUUUUACGCCGGACACAAGGUGGAGCUGUCCCAGCUGCAGCGGAGCUACGCCUCCCUGUCGUCUCAGAUCCAUCAGAUCCUGCUGAAGCGGCUCUGGUACGUCAUGCUGGAGCAGUUCCUCAUGAAGUAUGUGUGGAGCGCGUCCGGCCUCGUCAUGGUGGCCGUGCCCAUCAUCACCGCCACAGGAUACUCAAAAAAUGACUCUGAGGAGGUGAAGCGGGCGGCCAUGGUGAUGAAGGAGGAGGAUUUGGUCAGCGAGCGAACGCAAGCCUUCACCACGGCCAGGAACCUCCUGAACGCCGCCGCCGACGCCGUGGAGAGGAUCAUGAGCUCCUACAAGGAGGUGACAGAGCUGGCUGGCUACACGUCCCGCGUCUGGGAGAUGUUUGUCGUGUUUGAAGACGUUAGCCGAGGAAUCUACCGCCGCUCCGCCGACCCGGAAGAACCGGCAACCCGCCGAGGAGCGGCGGUCCAGCAGGGCCAGAGGAUCAGCGGCCCGCUGCAGAUCAGAGGUCAGGUGAUCAGCGUGGAGAAUGGGAUCCGCUGUGAGAACCUGCCCAUCAUUACGCCCACUGGAGACGUUGUGGUAUCCAGCCUCAACAUUCAGGUGGAGGACGGGAUGAAUGUUCUGAUCACGGGUCCAAACGGCUGCGGGAAGAGUUCGCUGUUCAGGAUCCUCAGUGGGCUCUGGCCCGUUUACGGGGGAGCUCUGUACCGACCAGAACCGCACAAUAUGUUCUACAUCCCCCAGAGGCCUUACAUGUCAGAGGGAACCCUCAGAGACCAGGUCAUCUAUCCAGACUCGGUGGACGACUUGGUCCAGAAGGGACUGACGGAUUCGGACCUGGAGGAGAUUCUACGUACCGUUCACCUGCUGUACAUCCUGGACAGGGAGAACGGCUGGGAGUCCGUCAGCGACUGGAAAGAUGUUCUUUCUGGAGGAGAGAAGCAGAGGAUGGGGAUGGCCCGCAUGUUCUACCACCGGCCGCGGUACGCCCUCCUGGAUGAAUGCACCAGCGCCGUCAGCAUCGACGUGGAGGGAAAGAUCUUCCAGGCUGCAAAGGAUGCUGGGAUAGCGCUGCUGUCCAUCACCCACAGACCCUCCCUCUGGUCUGAAAUACAUGUUGCUGUCUUAGUGAGCUUGACCUUGGCUGACCUUCUCCUGUCCCACAGGAAGUACCACUCCCACCUACUGCAGUUUGAUGGAGAGGGAGGCUGGAAGUUCGAGCCGCUGGACGCCUCCGCCCGCCUGUCAAUGCAGGAGGAGAAGCAGCGCCUGGAGAACCAGCUGUCCGGGAUUCCCAGGAUGCAGCAGCGGCUGUCCGAGCUGAGGUUGCUGCUGGGGGAGCCGGAGGACGAGGAGACGGCGGAGAGCCGGGUUGCAGCGGCGCCGCUCUGCUAGAGGGUGCGCACCUGAGCAUCCACAUAAUUGAAACUUUUAACCACAUCCUGUUUGCUGUCUGAGGCUCCACCCCUUCCUGCCCGUUGUUCCCGGUCAGAGGUCACCUGCCCCUGACAGCAAACACACCUGUGGCGUAUGGAAUCUGAUUGUGGUCCCACAUUUCAAAGCUUUUAGUAACUGAUUAAAUUAUUGAUUGUUAGAAUAUGAUGAUGUCAUCCAUGAUGCUGGAGUCGCUGCUUCAGCCGCCGAGCCUCACCUGUCAGGGGGCGGAGCUUCACCUGCAAACGACCCGGUUAAACCAGAACCGGUACACUGAUGGAUCAGCGGUCAGAACCAGUCUGCUUCGGUUCCUUACCUGUGAUUGGCCACCUGCAGUUGACUCCGCCCCCUCUCAGGUGAGCUCCAAUCAGACAGGAAGCUGCUGGUCACAGCUGCCAGAACCGCACGUGUCCUGUACCUGCCUGAAGCGGUGGAUCUGACGCAGCCGACUGAUGGCCGCCGUCAGGUCACAUGACCCGGGUCAGAGGUCAUGUGACAGCUGUAGAUUGUAAUGAACCACUUUGAUUGUAACUGUAUGAACCAAUCAGCAACCAAUCAGGGCUGAGUUGCUCAGCGACCAAUCAAAGUGACAAAGAGGCCUUAUUUUACAGGAAAUAAAAAUGUUUUCUUCUGA